UGCGUACAUAUUUAAAUAGCCGGCUACUACAGUUAGCAUGUUACGCAGAAGCACAUGCCACGUUUGUUGAUGGGUAGAUAAAGUUGAGCACGCAAGCGCAAAACGGAAUUUACAACAUGGCGGAACGUAGGAAAAGCAAGAAGCGCAAGGAUCAAGAAACAUCAAGCGUAGAUAAUGAAGUUGCCCCUGUAAAACCAUCUAAGGAAGAAUAUGCAGUGGCUAAAUGGAUCCGUAACAAUGUACCAUCGAAAAAAACAAAAUUUGAUAGAAAUCACAAUGUUGAAUAUUUUACUGGCACUCGUGCAGUUGAUGCUUUAUUGGAAAAUUCACCAUGGAGUAGAACUAAAUUUGAGACACGUGAACAGGUUACAGAAUUUCUAGAUUUGAUGUUAAGACAUAAAUUCUUUCAUCGAGCAAAAAAGGUAGUAAUCUCUGAAGAAGAACUAUAUAAAAUACGUGGAAUAAAGAAAAAGGUAAAAGAAAACAAAAAAGAGAAAAGAUCUACUGAAAAAGAAAAGGAAGAGGCUAAAGAAAAUAAAGAUGCAACAGGUGAAAAAGAUAAUGAAAAUAAAACUGAAGAGAAGAAGAAAAAGCCAAAGGUACGUCUGGAAAUGCAUAUGGAACAAUAUUUUGUUGACUGCAACGAUGCAUAUGUCUGGAUAUAUGAAACAGUUCCUAUAUACUACUGGUUCUUUGGAGGCCUUGUAGUUUUAGGUGCAGUUGGUGUUUGUCUCUUCCCAUUGUGGCCAUUAUCAAUCCGUCAUGGUGUAUAUUAUAUAAGUGUUGCAGCUGCUGGAUUCCUUGUAUUCAUUUUGGCAUUAGCAUUUAUUAGAUUAAUUGUAUUUUGCCUUUUAUGGGUUCCAACACUUGGCAAAUGCCAUCUUUGGCUUUUGCCUAAUUUAACUGCAGAUGUCGGAUUCUUUGCUUCAUUCUGGCCACUUUAUCAAUAUGAAUAUUAUGACUCCACAUCUGAAAGUGACAAAAAAGUUAGUAAAAAAAAGAAAAAGAAGGAAAAAGACUCUGAUACUGAAGAGACACCAUCAGCACAAUUAGAGAAAAAAUCUAGUAUUAAAGAAUUAUCUAAAGAACAUACUCAAAUUGAAGAAAUUUUAUCUAGCGAAGAAAACAAGCUUCCUCCAUCUGAAUUAGGAGAAGGAGAAGAGGGUAGUGAAGGCUCCGAAAGUGAAAAAUCUAACACAGGUCGAGAUUUUGUGAUGAUCUAAAAUAGGAAUUGGCAAUAAAUAGUUUUUAUUUAUCUUUAAUAAUUAUCAUAAUAAUCAAUAAUUGAAUUUUGUCAAUUUUGACUAAAUCGCAUACAGGUUCAUACAUAAGGAUUUAUGUAUAAUUAUUAACUUUUGAAGAUAUGUACGACUUAUUUUGUAAAAAAAUCUAAUUUUGAAUAUUAUUCAAAGCAAAAAUGAAGAUACAGUAUAUAUAUUAAUAGAAAUACGGUAUACAAAUUUAGCAAACUCAAUCCAUUUAUUGCUUAUACUAAUACGUAUCUUUGCAUUGCAUUUACAAUAUUACAGCCAAUUGAACAAGGAAAUCGCACCUGUAUUUUACAAAAAGAAAAUUUUUGUAAGAAUAUCAAUCUUGAAAUUUCAGUUAAAUAUGUAUUUUUAUUUUAAUCAUUAUUAAUAACCAUUUAUUUAAGUGUGUAAAUUUCACUUACAAGAAUUUUUACUAAAACGUAUAAUUACGUUGAUGUAGGUGUCCAAGGCUUUCCUGAAUCGAUUAGAAAUCGCUUUUGAUAUUUUAUAUCGCAAAGCAAUAAUAGUGAAUUUUAAAUUUCAGUAAUACGAUUUUCUCAGGUUUCAAAACUGUACAGUGCUUGAUAAAUAGAAUCUCCAAGAACAAGAUUAUAAAUUUAUUUUAAUCAAUUGUUCACUCUGCCAGCGAGUUUGUUUUUGGCAGAGCCACGACCUGAUCUUUCACAGAUUUCGUACAACAAAUUGUAAUUUGUAUUUUUAUGUAAAAAUUUCAAUGAUAAUAAUUAUUACUAUUAUUACUGUAACGAUUAUUAUAUUAUUAUUACAAAAUAAUCAUCUUGAUCAUUGUAGAUGCGCGAAUCGUGACUCUAGCUAUAUUGAAAUAAAUGGUGAAAAGAUUUGAAAUUUA